ACUCAACAACACACUAACAUAGUUGCUUCUCCUCCCCAUGCACAUCCUCCCUCCCUCCCUCCUUCUUGCUCAUAAUUUCAUCCAUCAAUCCUUAAAAAAGGAGAUAAGACGCCCUGGACCAAGUCUUGGCUAAUGCUGCUUCAUAAACGCAUCCCAAUGCUGCAAAAUGAAAGAAAAUAGACUGGCCUCUUUGAUCGCUCUCCGACGAUGCAUGAAACAGUACAAGCAUCAAACUGUGGCCACGCCUCUUCACGCCCUCGUAGUGCCUUCCAGUGACGCCCAUAACUCGGAAUAUCUGGCCGAUCGAGACAAACGGAGAGCCUUCAUUUCCGGCUUUAAUGGAUCCAGAGGCCUUUCCGUGAUAACGCCCCAUGAGGCGUUGCUAUGGACGGAUGGGCGUUACUUCUUGCAAGCCGAACGGGAGCUGGACGAGAACUGGACCUUAAUGAAAGAGGGCGUGCCGGAGGUGCCGCCCUAUCAAAAUUGGUUGGCCCAACACUUGGAACCCGGUCAGACGGUGGGGGUUGACCCCAUGACCUUGACCCAUGACUCUUGGCGAGUCCUGGAGGACGCCUUGGUCAACGCUCAAAUCGCCCUGGUCGCCACUGAAGAAAACCUGGUGGACAAGGUAUGGUCGGAACAACCCAGUUAUCCUGAGGACCCGAUUGUUCCAUUGGAUAUUGGAUUCACUGGCAAGGAUUGGGAGACCAAGAUCGCCGAAUGCCGAUCCGUCCUAGUCAAAGAGAAGGUGGAUUGCAUGUUGCUCUCGGCCCUUGAUGACAUCGCCUACGUCCUCAAUUUGAGAGGGGCGGAUAUCAAGUUUAACCCUGUGUUUUUUUCCUACCUAAUGAUCUCCCAGGAGCGCAUCGUCUUCUUCCUGGAGGAUGCCAAGCUCACGGACUCGAUCAGAACCUGGCUCAAACCCAAAGAAUCCGUGAAAAACGUGGUCCAAUUUGAGUCCUAUGAGUCCAUCAAACCGUUCUUGAGCAAGUACGCCUCUGGCUCAGACAAGCCCAGAAUAUUGAUGUCGUCAGAUAUCACAUCCGGACUUAGUUCCCUAGUUUCGGCCAAUGCCCGAGUCAUCAAGACCUCUCCAGUGGCACUCUUGAAAGUGAUCAAGAACCAGACCGAAAUUGAAGGGUUCAUUCAAUGCCAUAUUCGAGAUGGAGCUGCCCUGUGCGCCUACUUUGCCUGGCUCGAGAAGGAGCUAUCGCACGGCAAAGAUGUGACGGAGAUCUCCGGGGCCGAAAAAUUGCGCGAAAUCAGAGCCCUCAUGUCGCACUUUGUCGGCCUGAGCUUUGAGACCAUCAGUUCGGUGGGCAGUAACGCGGCCGUCAUUCACUACCGACCCUCCGAAGAGACCAAUCGUGCUAUUACCAAGGACGAGGUCUACCUGGUCGACUCUGGGGCCCAAUACAGGGACGGGACGACGGACGUCACGCGGACCCUGCAUUUUGGCUCGCCCACGGCCUUUGAGCGGGAAUGCUUUACGCGGGUUUUGAAAGGUCAUAUUGGUCUGGCGAACGCAUUAUUUCCGUCCAAAUUGGUCGGCAACUACCUCGAUACGUUGGCCCGACAGCAUUUGUGGCAGGUUGGGCUGGACUAUGUUCACGGAACCGGACAUGGCGUAGGGUCGUUCCUGAAUGUCCAUGAGGGUCCCAUUGGCAUCAGCAGGCGACACAUUCCCUCUGAUCCUGGAUUGGAGGAGAAUAUGGUCAUGUCCAACGAGCCUGGGUACUACGAAGAUGGUAAGUUCGGCAUCCGCAUUGAGAACUUGGUCCGAGUGGUCAAAGCCGACACAGAGCACCGAUUCAAAGAUCGACAGUUCGUCACCUUCGACAACUUGACACUGGUGCCCAUUCAGCUCAAGAUGGUCGAUCCCAAGCUCCUGAGUCAAGAGGAGGUGUCCUAUCUGAACCAGUACCACUUGACAUGCCGCGAGAAGGUGGGUCCCGUGCUUCGAGAAAUGGGACUUGAGGAUGGAUUGAAAUGGCUGAUGAAGGAAACUUGUCCCAUGGGAUGAUUGACCACAGAAUGGGUCAUCAAGAUUUAUGGAAUGGUCAAUAGAAAUAAAAAACGCAUUUCUCGA